CGCGGGAGAGGAGAGGAGAGGAAUACGGGGGAAGGGGAGUGGAGAGUGUCGGGGAGAUCAAAAGCGGCGACUCGCCCCGAAUCGUUCCGGCCGAUUUCUGUCGCGUCAGCUGUUUCCCGGCGAGGUGGUAGGAAGCAGGACGGAACUUGUUCGCGAAGGAUCGCGUUUUCCGCGGGAACACCGGCGCGGACGGAUCAUCCUCGCAAUCGUAGACAUCCCAGUGUAUACCCGAGGAUGCAGCAGGCGAACGGCAAUGGUGCCCCGGUCUCGCCGAGGAAGAAACAGCGGACGUCCACGGGCGGCGGUUCUAUAUCGAAGGUCACGGUAGUUCUUGGCGCGCAAUGGGGCGACGAGGGCAAGGGAAAGGUCGUGGACAUGCUGGCGAUGGACGCUGACGUCGUUUGCAGGUGUCAGGGAGGAAAUAAUGCAGGGCAUACUGUAGUUGUAGAAGGUGCCGAAUUCGACUUUCAUCUUCUGCCUAGUGGAAUAAUCAAUCCCAGAUGCAAAUCCGUUAUAGGAAAUGGAGUAGUAAUUCAUCUACCUGGUCUAUUUGAUGAAUUGGAAAAGAACGAGUCUAAAGGACUAAAGAACUGGGAGGACAGGCUUAUAAUAUCAGAUCGGGCGCAUUUAGUGUUUGAUUUUCACCAACAGGUCGAUGGAUUGCAAGAACUGGAGAAAGGUACGCAGUCAUUGGGAACUACGAAGAAAGGUAUAGGACCGACGUAUUCGAGCAAAGCCGCGAGGAAUGGGCUCAGAAUCGGAGAUCUUCUCGGCGACUUUGAUAAGUUCUCCCAGAAAUUUAACACUUUAGUUACGUCGUAUCAAAAAAUGUUUCCUGCCUUGCAUGUCGAUGUUAAAGCCGAAUUGGAACGUUACAAGGAAUACUCCGAACGUAUAAGGCCGUACGUGAAGGAAACAGUGCAAUAUUUGCACCAGGCUUUAAAGGAUGGUAAAAAGGUUUUAGUGGAGGGUGCUAACGCAGCAAUGUUGGAUAUUGAUUUUGGAACUUACCCAUAUGUAACAAGCUCGAACUGUAGCAUCGGCGGGGUAUUGACCGGUCUUGGUCUACCUCCUAGCACAAUCGGAGAGAUUAUCGGUGUUGUAAAAGCCUAUACUACCAGAGUCGGUGAUGGGCCAUUUCCCACAGAACUUUUAGAUUCCACCGGAGAGUUAUUGCAGGAAAGAGGUCACGAAAUCGGCGUAACCACAAAGCGAAAGAGACGGUGCGGGUGGCUCGAUUUGCCCUUGCUGAAAUUUACGACGCUAGUUAAUGGGUAUACAUCUAUAUGCUUAACAAAACUUGAUAUCUUGGAUACAUUACCAGAAAUAAAAGUAUGUGUUGGAUAUCAAUUAAAUGGAAAGGAUAUAGAUUAUUUUCCAGGCAGUUCUUGUGAACUAGCAAAAGUUGAAGCUGUGUAUAAGACAGUCGAAGGUUGGCAAUCCGCUAUCGAAGGUGUACGCUCCUUUGAUAAAUUGCCACCUAAUGCACAUAAAUACAUACAAAUCAUAGAGGAAUACUUAGAUAUACCAGUCAAAUGGAUUGGCGUAGGAGCAGGACGAGAAAGUGUAAUUGCCCUUUGACGAUACACGGUCUGCAAAAUAUUACUUAAAUGCACGGCAUUAAAUGUAUUAUUAAUUUUAAUUUUACCUGUAAUAUUUGCAAUGCAAAGCUGAUGAGCGCACAGGCAAAAUGUACUUUAACAAUAAGUUUUCAAUGAAUGUAGUAUUCUUGAAUGCAUAUAUAACAUUGUAUAAUUGUGUAACAAUGUGAGUGUGUAGUCAUUUUGUAGUCGUAUCUAACAAACAAGCCGAAGAUUAUUAGAAAUGUUUGUUGUUAUCGUCUAUUUUAAGUAGAUUCUGUUAUAUAUAUAUAAAAUUAAAGUAUAUUUAUUUUUCAUCAAUUACUAUCUUUAAUUGCGUUAGCUCUAUGUGCUGUAUGGAACAAUAAUUUACCAAAUGCGAAAUUCGAUGAUAUGCCGGCGUGUUCUUGUCAACAAAGGGAUAUGCAAAGUAAAAUAUGAUACAUCUAUUUUUCAAAAAAAUUCCAAUUCUUUUUUCACAGAUUUGAAAGAUUGGAUGUCAAUCUGUCACGCAAUUUUAAUCUCCAAUUAUAUCUGUAAAUAUUAUAUUUUAAUAACAUAUGCUAUGUAUAUUGUAUACACGAUUAUCAUAGCUUAUAAAUAUAUGUAUAUCAUGAUAAUUAAAGUAUAGCUUGAAAUUGCGAUUUAUUUCUCAGAUAUGUCACGCAUUGGCAGCAUCUACCAGUAGACAUAACCUUGUCAUCGUCUAAUACUGGAAAUGUAUUUUAUCUCCAUAAAGUAGAAAAAAUGUGAUACUUAAACCAUUAUUUAGACAUCUCUGUAUUUAAUGAAUUUACUGCAAUAAAUGAUAAAUAUUUGUCAU